AAAUUGCACGGUAUAUAUAGGAUCAAAAUUAUAUUUUUAUGUGUAUAUACAGUACAUAAUGAAUAAUCCCCUUGGUUUGUUUGGUGUUUAUUUGUUUAUAUUUUGAAUCCCCUUAGUGAAAGUCGUGGCUUUGCACUGUUGGGACGUUUUCUUUAGGUUGACACUUAGAUUUUUAUGUUUCACAUAUAAUUGGUUGUUGUGUGUGCAUUAUAUAUAUUGGGAAAAGAAAGAGAAGAACUGAUCUCAAUAAGAUUUCUUCUUGUACUGGUAAAAAAUGGUUCUUGCUUAUAAAUGCUUCUUCCUUUUUGUGUUUAUUUCUGUUGAAAAUGCUCACUCUGUUGUCUUAUUUUCUUGAUUCUUUUUCUUGUUUGGAAGAAUUCUCGGUGGUUGAUUUGACUGUUUGAUUAGCAUUGUACUUGGUGUUAUAAUUUAAUUGAAAUUAUGCAAUGCUGCUCCAAAAAGGUGUUUAGAGGGGUAGGUGGGUAGUAAGAUAUUGUAGCUUCUUAAUAGAAAAAUUGCUUGUUUUAUAGUUAUCAAUCACUAAUAGUAGAGUUUCAUUUUUUUUAUGUGCUGGGAAUAUUUGGACGUUUUCUAGUGGUUAAAUUCCAGUGGAGGCAAAAACACUAGGUGAUUUCUUCCUAUUUGUCCAAGGUUAGGUGAACAGAGUUACACAAUACUUGUGUUGGUGGGAGUACCAGGUUUCUCGUGGAAUUAUUUGAGGUGCGCACAAGCUAAUCUGGACACCUUAGUUAGUAAAAAGAGACCAGCUGCCUCCACCUGGGAUGGAUGCAUUGUCGAGACAGACCUCUCAUCAAGUUGACGUCUAUGCAACAAAGUCUUUCUCAUCAAUUAUGGAUAUCGUAGAUGAUUCUUCAAAGGUAACACAAUGCCAACAACCAUCUAUUGUUCACCGUCGAAAUAUUGACCAGGCAAUGUGUUCAAAGAAUCCUCAUCACUACUAUGGGCUCCAUUAUACUCGACGGAGGUCUGCUAAUAAUGCUGAGGCAUCAACUUCCCGUGGUGGGACGACUCCUCUUUAUGAUGAGCUGAUGUCUGCAAAGCCAGCUAGUAAAUGCAACUCGGAUUCUGGACAUGACACAGAGAGUAAGCAGAGUGAACUUCACAAACCAGAAAGUGUUGGCGUUGCGCCCAGUUUACUGGCAACGAAUGCAACAUCUUCCAAUGUCACCAAGCUGUUUUGCGGAUUAUGUCAGAAGCCUUUGAGAAAGAAACGCUAUAUGCUCGAUAGCAACAUACCUUCCUGUGAGCCCUCUGUUGUGGCAGUUUUAGUUUGUGGUCAUCUUUACCAUGCUGAUUGUUUGGAGGAAAGAACACAUCAUGACAAUGUAACAGAUCCUCCCUGCCCGAUCUGUCGUGGCAUCAAUUGAGUAGGUUUGCUUUUGUACCUGAAUGUAGAUAACCUCAGGUGCAGAUUCAGGAUUUGAAAGGCUCCGAGUUGUGUAGACAUAUAUACAUAUGUCUUAAAAUCUCGAUACAAUGUAACUAUCUGUUAUGUUUAUAUAUAGUUCGAGUCAAAGGCAGUGGGUGCGCGUUUAAUCGUUUGGAUACAAGAUGUAUUGAGAGGGAAAUGUAGCUUACAAGAUGCAUCAACAAUCAGUUAGCUUUCUGUAUAAACUUUUCAGUGUUUUCUUUGAAAAUAUUUGUAAUGCAUUAGUCUAACUCUAAUAGAAUUUAUAUAAGACAUUAGUCUAUGACAAAUUGAUG